AUGUACUAUUCAUUAUAAUACAUACAACAAACGUUGGUUUUGACGUAUAAUAAAUUGAUAUGUGAACCUUCAUUCUGUGAGUAAAGGAUCUAAUAUUAAGUAAACUAUAUUUACAUAUCGUAUUGCUCACAAAUUGCUAAGAUAUUACAUAAAGAUGAAUUGUAUAUCACAAAAUGACAUUUUUGUUUUUCAUAUAUAAUGUGUACUUUUGAGCCUAUAGCAUGAACAGAUAUGCUUUAAGAAGAAGAAAUCAUCUUCAUAUUUCAUAUAGCAUUUUUAAAUCCAUCGUCCAAGCAGCUUUCUAAAGAGCUAUUUUGCCAUGUCCCUAGAAAGCUUUUGAAAUUAUUCUCCCUUUUUCUUUGCCUGUUCUUUAAUUCUCAGCUGAAGGAUAAUUUUAUUGCUUGGAGGAGAUGGUUUUCCCCAGGAAUUUAGUGUGUAUAGAAUAAAAGAUAGUAUUGGAUGGGAAGAUACAUGCUGCUGUUGUCAUAGCUGUGAAGUAGGAAAAAGUGUCCUAAGUAAACCAAGUGGUUUUUUUUUUUUUUUUUUGGAAGAGUCUUUACUUAACCUGUUUCUUCCAGUGCUGAAUGCAUUUACAGAAAGUUUAAAAGCCACAUUGUGAAAUGCUAUUGUUGGGCUGAUAAAUAGCAACAUUUAAGUAAAUGUUAAAUUCGAGUUCCAAAGUGAUAUUUUGAGAAGAGAAAAAUUCCAUUAUUGCACCUUUUAGGAACAAGGAAUUAGAAAAUGGCAUUUUUCAAAAAUUUUCAGCAGAGUCUGCCCUCAGUGUCCUCUCUGGUGGACACAAUCAGCAGUGCCGUGGAAGAUUUGACCACUGCAGUUGGGGAAGUUGGCUGUGCUCUCAGUGACUCAGUGACUGAGCAGGUAACAAGCAUGAUAAAUGGCUUGCGCCCGGAAGAGCAGAGUUCAGCAGCAGCGGAAGCUGUAGACACUUCCACACAAAGCAAUGCUGUGUUACCAGAAGUCUGUACAAACGCUCAUAGUCAGAAAACACAAUCCAAUUUAGAGCACAGAACUCUAAUAGAUUGUGCUAGUACUUCAGCUUCACAGAAACAAGAUCAAGGAAUGCGUGAAGAAGGGGUGUUUGAACGUGUCGAUGAUAGACAACAGACUCUGUCAGAAUGUCAGGAAACAGGCGCUGCUGGUGCUGCUCUGAAAGGACACAAGAGUAGUGGUGGGACACCAGUUUUCAAGCAGAAUACAAAGGCUAGAUCUCCUUGUCAAGAACAAGAAAGUACUGGCAUAUGGAGAAAAAAUGGAUUAGGAAUCUCUAGUAAUGGUAAGAAUGAUUUAAAAGAGGUAGGAUAUCAUGGAAUGAAAGGAAAUCAGAAUACCAUGAAUGGAACAAACUCACUGUAUGAGCAAAAGAAAUACAUUGCUGCACAUAAUAAUAAAGUAGAAGAAUAUGCUAAAUCUCAACCUGUCUUUUUGGGAAGAGACCAAGAGAAAAUGGGACAUUGGAGUAAAAAUAAACAUCCUAUUGAUUUAGAGCAUUCUGAUACUUUAAAGAAAGUUGAAAAGCAUAAUAAGAAUAAAGGAUUCAAAGGGAAUGAGUGUUUGGGAAAUGAAUGUUCUCCGCAAGAUACUUUGACAAGCAGUAGACAUGUGAUACAGAAACCCAUCAUGAAGGAAAACAUACAUCCAGCACCUUCAGUCAGUUCUAAAGAGAAGUUACCAGAAAAAAUCAAAGAACAAAUAAAUCCAACGAAAUACUUCAAACUGAAAGGAGACCUAAAACCAAAGAAAAAUGAAGCUGUUUCUGCCAAGAAGGGAACAAAGAGUAAAGAUGAAAAAUAUUGUAAUAUAAUACCAGAAAAAGAUAAUUCCUACAUGGACAAAGAUGAACAUGGUUCAUCCUCUGAAAGUGAAGAUGAAGCUCUGGGUAAAUAUCAUGAGGCCUUAUCCAGAACACACAAUUCUCGACUGCCACUGGCAGAUUCUAGACAAAAGAACUAUGCUUGGGAAACAAGACAGAAAUACAGUCCUCUGUCUGCAGAGUAUGAUGGCUACAGUAGUGAAGCAUCAAUAGAGGAAGGAAACUGCAUUCAGAGAAUGAGAAGAACACCCCCACUGGAUGAAUUGCAGCCACCACCAUAUCAGGAUGACAGUGGUUCUCCCCAUCUCUCAUGUACACCCUCAGAAAUCGGAGACAGUAAAUGUGAAUUUUCCCACUGCAGCAACAGCCCGAGAUGUUCCUAUAACAAGUGCCCAAGUGAAGGAAGCACAGGUCAUGAAGUAGAAAGUUUUCAUAAUAAAGGAUAUGAAGACGAUGUUCCAAGUGACAGCACUGCAGUCCUGAGCCCUGAAGAUCUGUCAGCUCAAGGAUCAUCUUCACAGCUUCCUAAGCCUUUUGAUCCUGAGCCAGAAGCUAAAUAUGGCACACUGGAUGUGACUUUCGACUAUGACUCACAAGAACAGAAGCUUCUGGUAACAGUGACAGCUGUCACAGACAUCCCAACAUAUAACAGGACAGGUGGCAACUCAUGGCAAGUACACCUUGUUCUUCUACCUAUAAAGAAACAGAGAGCAAAAACCAGCAUCCAGAGAGGACCAUGCCCUGUCUUCACAGAAACAUUCAAAUUUAAUCAUGUUGAAUCUGAGAUGAUUGGAAAUUAUGCAGUUCGAUUUAGACUCUAUGGUGUACAUCGCAUGAAAAAAGAAAAGAUUGUGGGGGAAAAGAUUUUUUAUUUAACAAAAUUGAAUCUUCAAGGCAAAAUGUCAUUACCUGUGAUACUGGAACCUUCUUACAAUCAUUCUGGCUGCGACUCCCAGGUGAGCGUGUCGGAAGCGUCUUGCAGCGAGAGCGCCUCCUCCUGCCAGUCUCUGGAACACGGCUCGGUCCCCGAGAUCCUCAUCGGCCUGCUCUACAACGCCACGACUGGAAGAUUAUCAGCAGAAGUGAUAAAAGGCAGCCACUUCAAAAACCUGGCAGCGAACAGACCACCCAAUGGACUGUUCUGUUGUCUAAAACACUUGAUAGGUGGACAGGUUUAUAUUAUCCGAGAUACAUAUGUUAAGUUAACUCUACUGAAUUCCAUGGGUCAAGAGAUGUCCAAAUGCAAGACAUCCAUCCGCAGAGGGCAGCCAAACCCAGUGUACAAGGAAACGUUUGUUUUCCAAGUGGCCCUAUUUCAGCUUUCUGAUGUAACACUCAUACUGUCCGUGUAUAACAAACGCAGCAUGAAAAGAAAAGAGAUGAUAGGCUGGAUUUCUUUAGGUCUGAACAGCUCUGGAGAAGAGGAACUCAAUCACUGGACUGAGAUGAAAGAGUCCAAAGGACAGCAAGUAUGUAGGUGGCAUGCGUUGCUAGAGUCGUGAUGACAGUUCGCAGGAGCGGUCGCAAUCCAAGGCGGCGUUAUUUCUGAUCACAACAUACUGCUUUCACCUAAUCACCAUCAGAGGAGCUGUACUUUGAAGAGUCGCACUCAACAUUCUACCAAAAUGCUUUAAAUUCGGUGGGAAGAACAUCUAAAACUGACAGCGAUGAAGAAAAGAUCUCUCUGGUAGAGCUUGUUUGGGAAACUGAGAAACUGACAUCAUUAUUGUUAAACUAACACCACUCCAGAGACAUACUUCUGAUUUGAAGUUAAUUUUACUUUAGCUAAAAAGCCAGUAAUGUCAUGGAAUAUUAUAAGUGCUUUUAAAAAAUCAAAAUUUUAGUUGCAACAGUAUUUCAGUAUCACCCCACAUAUCCACAAAACCCGUUUCAACUGGCUGGUCCCUGCUGUUUGUGAUGUUCCCUGAUGAGAAAUGAGCAGUUCUCCAGCUCUCUCCUAAGUCAGAUCCGUGGUGGAGGGCGUCAGUCCAUUGAACCUGGUUUAUUUCAGGUGUUUUCCCUCUCUGCAUUCGGUUUCAUUGUGCCUCAGUUCUUCUCAAAAGCACUGAAUCUGAGUGCAGGCAGGCACUCAUUUCUGUGAAGGAAUUUUCUAAAUGUGUUGCUUUUUUUUCCCCCAAGUUCAUUUCUUCAUUUGCAUCUGCCUUUGCCUGAUCCAAAGAGACCAAGUCACUGCACUGGUCCCUUGCAAGUCUCCUAGACAGGUUGUACUGUAGAACUAUGUAACUUUCUGUUGAAAGCACUUCCUGUAUUAUUGUAUUCCAAUGUAGGAAGCUAAUAGAGCAGGCCUUGACUUUAAAAAUCCUUUCAGUAAUUAACUCUUUAAAAUUGUAGUAAUUUCAAAAUACCUUUUUUUUUAACAAAGUGAAAAACACAGUAGAUGAGCUAUUAGAAAUUGAAAACAAUUCAAGUUAAAGAAAAAUGUCUGCUCUGGGUACUUAGAAACCAACACUGCAUAAAGCAGGUAGCAUUCAGGAUAAGAAACAGUCCUCUCUAAAUCUCACUUUUACUUCAAUUUGUAUUUGUGAUAUAAAGACUAUCCAGUUCUCAGUUGAUUCAGAACAUCCUAUGAACGGUUCUGAGACUCCUUACGAAGUUUCUAGUGACUUGUGAUGAGAUUUUAUGAAAUUUACAGACAAUGUGCUUCAACGUGACGUCAUCCUGUGCCUUUCUUGUAAGCUGAAUUUGCUCAUACAGCUUGAAAGUUGUAUUUGCGAAAUUAGGCCUUCAAUUUUUAUAAAUGUAAAGAUUCCUCAGAACAGUGUCACAAAUCUUGAUUUCCUCGGACACGAGUAAAGGUUGUACGAAUUUUUUAAAUGACAGGACACUUUCAUUUGUUCUUUUUAUAUUUAGGAACUCUGGUCUGUCAGGAAUAUUAUAAGCUGUUUUCUUUUUAAUUUUGCUUCUUACCUAAUAUAUAAUUUUAUGCAUAUACUUUCUUAAAUAGAGUAUGUUUAUAUAUGAAAAAAUUUGCUUUUUUCUUUCUCAUUUUUAGUUAAACUAGACAAAAGCAUAUUAUUUAUCAGUUACUAAAAAGCUGUGUAUCAUUGUUCCUAGUCCUAAGUACUAUAUAUCGUUGUAAGCUAGAACUUGUUAUUGGCAUAAUAACAAAAAUCAUAGCAUUUACUGCGGCUUGGCUGUACUGAGAGGCCUUAAGAGAAAUCAAAAAUAUUAUGAAGUCCUAUAUCUUUUUUAGUUAAAAAAAUGGCAGCUCUAUGCAUUCAUACACAUAAACUAUAGGAAAAAUACAAAUGCUAUAUUGGGUAACAUGGAGUUUAGGAACAUAGGUUGCAGAAUUGCAUGAAAGGGGAAAUCCAGCCUUUUCUUGUUACAUCAGUGAACUUUUUCCAGAAUUUUUUAUAGGUUAGUUAAGCUGUAAAGUUGGAACACGAAUCAAAUGGUAAAAUAGGUAUCUCAUUGAAGUAUCCUCAGCCAACAGUAUACAAAAAGAUUUGAAAGGGAGGGUGUAGAUUUCAUGGGAAAUUAGACUUAGGCAUUUGACAUUACAGCUAUCUUCUCCAGCUUUGGAACAACUGCCUGUAUUGCUGACAACUGGUAUCUUCCUAAUAAAAAGAGUUAUCAGGCUUAUUUGUAGCUGGAACAAGCUUACUCAAACACAUUAGUAAGAUCAGUUUGGUGCUUUCACCCCUAGUAAGAAAAAGAACUAAUUCAUUGUUAAAUGUACCUCUUUAUUCAGACUAUGCCCAGAAUUAAGUUUGUGGUUUGAUAUAUCCUAAGUUUAUCUGGUGCAAGGAUCAAGUCCUAUGUGACCCAAAAAUUAGUCAACGUUUUGAAAAACAUUAAGAAAGACCCUCCCUUCAUCCCAGCUUCCAGGUUCUCAAAGACGAUAAAGUGCAUGCACACCACGAUUCUCAAAGAUUAGAAAAUGCAUAUACACGCACACACACCCUAGAUAACUAUGUGUGCACGUGUGUUAAUUCACAAAGGUGAAGUGGCCAUGGCUUUUUCAGAAAACUCAAUGGAAAAAGAUUUCUCAACUUAUGGAUUCUUUUUCUCCUCCAUAAAUUUGCCAGAUACUAUGUUUAGUUUGGGAUGAUAUUUGCUGGCAUUUUUCUCCAUACAAAACAAAAUAUAUACCUUUUUUUUUUCCUGUGAAUUGACACAGCUUGAAGUAGUUACUCCCCCAAAUUGACUGUUCUUAUAUAAAGGGAUUACAUGGGGCUCAAGAGACCCACACGACUCUGCUGAUCUGAUGUAUUGCACAGUACUACUGUUGCUUUGUGUACUUGAAUUUGCAUGAAAGCUUAAAGACAAAACCUUGCAUCUCACUAACUAUAGCAAAUAGGGGCCCAGUGGCGGGCAGCAGGUGCUGACUGGGAAAGUGGAGAAAGAAAACCCCCUUUCUUCCUGUUCAUUGGAGUUGCCUCGUUUUAUGAUAAAAUGAGACAGUCUAGAGAUGGCAACUGACUGGUGGUUAUGAGAGCUCAUGAGCCUAGAGUCACAGUCGUGCAAAUGAGCUGCCAAGUGUAGUUACUACUGGCCAGGUAAUGACGUGUGUUUCAAACUGCAGAGAAGUGGUAUAGGAGAUCAUCUUACCUUUCAGAAACAUAGUCUCAUGGUGCUGUGUCUUCAGUACCAUCCACGUUUUGCCUGAAAUCCAAUCGAAUAUUACCUUAUGCAUUCAGUCAGUUCUCAAUAGUACUGUAUUGCUGACAAAAAUAAUAAAUUGGACCCCAGCUUAAAAAUGGAAAACCUAAUUGAUAAACUAUCUAAGCUACCUUGAUUGUUGUUCACAUGUUUACAUUUGAGGCCUGGUGGAGGAGUUUCAUCCAGCAUGGUGCUGACGCCUAGGGCUAUCCAUAAAUCAUUUCUUUAAGACCAUCUUUUUUUUUUUUUUUUUUCCAUUUACUUAUCAAGUGAAUCGCGCAUAAUCAGGGACUGCAAAGGAAGGUUGCACCAAGUAGAGAGAGAAGGAAUAGAAUUGAGGACGUUCUUCAAAGCGGAGAUGGGUGGGGAGGCCGAAUGAUACUGCAGUCUUUCAAACGAACUGUAAAACAGGCUACUGGAAGGUGUGAGUUUAGGCGGCUUAAGAGCAGUUAGUCACCAACAGAUUUUUUUCAAGGUACCUAUCCAGAUGUGAAUAGAAAGGGCCUAAAUCUAUUUGCAUAAAAUUGCCAUUUGUCUACAUGGACUGGAAAACUCCUAGAAGUUUUUCCUAUUAAUUGACAGUUGUUGUAUUAUUUCACGUGGAGACUAAUUAUUCACAAGUUUCUGUUUCUUUGUUUUUCUCCCAUCUGCCAUCCCCAGUUCAUGUGUGGCCUCCACUGGGGCAGCCAUCAGUAUAAUUAUCACCAGCCACUUAGUAUCUCACAGGGUUAACCAUGAUACAAGGUAUUUUCCAAAGUUAAUUUUAAAACAUCAGUUGGGCCUCCAAAAUGUGUCAUAAAGAUGAUAGUAAACAGCUGUAAUUUACUAAGACCUGGCACAGUAACUUAUUAUUUGAUUCUCACAGCAGUACUCCAAGGGAAGUAAUAUUAUCAACGUUUUAUCGAUGAAGAAACUGCAGUUUUUUUUUUUUUCAUCAUUCAAGAGGUUAAGCGACUGUCCUAGGGUCAUCCCAUAAGUAAGUACAUUAGUGAAACUAGCCUCCGAACCCAGGUGUAAGUUACUCUAAGACCUCUGCUAUGCAUGUUGAAGUUGGAUCCUUCUUUACUAGUUGCAAAAACAGUGUUUAUUAAUGAUCCCACCCACCUUCAUGGAAUGCCGAAACUAGGGGGCAAAAUAAACUUGAGUGACAGAAAAACAAUCAGGAUUUCAUUCCUCUCAGGCCGCAGAUGAUACUCUGUGUCAUACCUUGUAGAUGACUUUGUUUUCCAAAGACUUGAGAUUAAUUUACCAAUGUAGCACAUACUAAUGUUCCGAAAGUAUACUAAUCAAUUUAUUCUGCUUUUUGACUGCUUCUGGGAAUCUGAGGUAUUUAACUGCAUAAGCACCUUUUUGCCCUGGGCAGCAGAAAUCCUGUAACCUGUCAGGCCCACAUCUUAACCCAGCCAGUUGCCAGCAGGUUCUGCCUCCCUGUACUCUCGGUGCAGCUUAUUUAUGCUUCCCCUGUGCUCUUUAAUAAAGAGAACACAGGAGUUACAGCUAGUUUCAUCGCAUGUCGCUCUGUCCCCCUAGGAGAAGAUAACUCCUGAGUCGAAGAAUGAAAAUAUGUUAGACUCACACCAAACUCCAGACACAUGUUCUUCCCAGGGACAAGACACAAACUAGUGUUUUCCAAACUGCAUUGCACUUCAAAAUUACCUUGAGAGCUUAAUUUUGUAUCUACAACUCCGUCUCCAAGGAUUCGGUUUCACUGGGUCUGGGGAAAUCUAAGAAGCGACAUUUUAUCAGACACCCCAGGAAAUCCUCUCUUGAGAUAUUGGUGUAGACUAUUGAACUUAUUGCAUAAAAUUAUCAGUAGCAGUGCCUCAGUAUCUGUAGAUUAGAUCUCUAAGUGUGACAGUGGAUAAAUCAGGGAGAGAUUAAGACUAGGGGUAGUAGUAUUGAUAUUUGUGCUUUCUCAAAGGGAAACAUGUUUAGUGAACAAUAAAAAUUGAUAUUAAUCAUGAGUUCCUGCACAUUCACAUUUAAUAUAACUUCUUCAAACUGUUGCUUGCUGUAAUAAAUAUAUUUUGCUGUGUUGGUUCUAGGAUUCUUGCACAUUCCUUUGCAUUAGAUACAAGGCCGGGAGGAUGUCUGGGGAGAUAUUUGUCUUGUAUUUCUGUCGGGAUUCUAAGUGAAAUAAGACUGACCUUUGAGCACACGUGUAGUAGCAGCCAUGGGUGGUGGCCUUCUUGCGUUCUUGUGUGGAGUAGGCUUCCUUGCCAUCCUCCUCACUGGCUUCCUUGUCCUCACACCGACCAGAUGCACUUCAGUCCUGGAUUCUUCACUAGGAACCCUGUUACUCCUGCUCCAGUCUCACACAUUGCCUUGAGUGCUUUAUUCUUUCUUAGGGUCCUUGGGUCCUUUAUCUGAAAUAGCAAAUAUGGCAACCUCAAAACCUCUUUCAGAUAGAAUAAAUGCUGUGGAUAAGGCACAUCUAAGUUUUUGUUUCCCCUCACUUGAGAUGCAGCCACCCUUCUGUCUCUGAUGUAAUAUUAAUAUAUAUUAUGUUUUGAAAGUUUUCUCAACCUACUGAAAAGUGAAUUAUUUGAAGAUUUGAAGUAAUGUCAUUAUGGAAUUAGGCUGUUUUGUGACUGCUGGUGUAUCUCUGUAUUUGAUCUGACCAUAGUUUGAGAUUUGGUUAAUAUAACCUUAAAAUGAUGGAGUUCAGUAGCCUGGAAUUAUUAAUCCAUUAUCAAAAAUGGAUGUAAAAUUCUUGCUGUUUUCUCUCCCUGUUUAGACUAGUAUGUAUCUUUUUAAAACGCUCCUGCAUUCUUCCGCCCUGCCUUUCCGCCUACUCUUACUCACAGAAAGUCGCACUGGCUAGCAGAGUUCAUCCAUCAGAGCUGAAUAAUUCCUUAGUCCUGUGGACCAGGCGGUAGGGAGGAGCAGCCAGGCUCUGUCAGAGACUACAUAGACAAAGGGUGAUGCUCUUCAUUCAUAAGGCAUUUGCUGCUGCUGUUAGGAGGGUUAUUGUUGUAUGCACUUACCUUGAGCAGUUGUAAGGCUUGGUAUAACUGUAUUGUGGAAUAUGAGCCUCUUAGUACAUAAAAACGUUUAAUAAUUAAUUAUGAGAACAAAGUCAGGGCUAUGUCAGUUAUAGUGCAAGAUGUUUGAUAUUGUUUCAGCAUCAGUUUGACAGUCUGUAUCUUAAAUUGUUUUUAUUUUAGGGCUUUCUUCAUCUUCUUUGUUAUUCUCAUUAUUAGUAAAUGAAGCUUGUACUAUUUGAUUUUUGAGUUUGUCUUUAAAGUACUCAAGACUGCUUUAAAAAAUAAAACCUUAACACCUUU